AUUUCAUAUUUUUCUCAACUUGUCACAUCUAAUACCCAUUUUGAUGUUUGUGUUUUCUUUUGAUAGGUUGAUACUGUUAAUUCAAGUGAUUAUGUUCCACACUAAUGUAACAAGGAUUAAACAUUUUUUCAUCCUGGGAUUUCCUGGACUUUCACAGGAGUAUUAUGGACCUGUGUCCGCCCUGCUUUUUGUUCUAUUCUUGGCUAUAGCUGUAGGAAAUAUUUUUAUUUUAGUGUUUGUUAAAUGUGAGAGGUCUCUUCACAAACCCACAUAUCUGAUAUUUUGCCACUUGGCACUAACUGACUUAUUGUUUGGGACUGUAACUCUGCCAAAGAUUAUAUCAAAAUAUUGGUUUAAUGACAGCAUUAUUUCAUUUUAUGGAUGCUUUGUGCAAAUGUACUUUGUUCAUUUUUUAGGGUCGUCUCAUUCUUUCAUCCUGAUGGUGAUGGCCCUUGAUCGCUUUAUUGCAAUUUGUGCUCCACUGCGUUAUACAGCUCUUUUUACAAACAACACUGUUUCUGUGCUUUGUGGAAUAUCAUGGAUUUUGCCAAUGUCAUGGAUGGUGGGUAUAGUUAUAGAUGCUCUGAGAUUGCCUUACUGUAAUUUAAACAUAAUUACACAGUGCUAUUGUGACCAUCUGGCAAUAACUGGGCUUGGAUGCGAGGCUGUGCGAGAAGUUCAGGAAGUGGCAUUUGGCAUGGCCAUGUUCAGUUUGCUGUUGCCUCUGGGUUUUAUCAUCGUCUCUUAUUUUGUCAUCAUUGUUGCAGUUAUGAAAAUGACCAGUUCUAAUAGAAGCCGCAUGCUAGCUCUGUCUACCUGCUUGCCACAGAUUAUCAUCACAUUUCUCUUUUACAUGCCAAGAUGCUUUGUAUACAUGGCAAACAUUGUGGGUUUUACAUUCAGUGUCCCAGUUCGCGUAGUUAUUGUAAUGCUGUACAGUAUUUUACCUGCUGCUGUUAACCCAUUAAUAUACUGUUUCAAAACCAAGGAUAUCAAAGAGCACUUGAAAAAGAAAUUAGUUACUCUGAAAAUUAGUAACAGCACAACAACUGGGUAAAAUACAAUACAUCAUCAAUCAAGUGAUAAGUAACUUUUGCUGCUUCAAAUAUAUUACUUCCCUGUGAGCUUUAGAAACAAUUUGGAUACUUUGCUUUUCACUAUUAGUAGUCCAUAUUACUAGUACUGCAUCCUC